AUGACGGUCCGCAGGCCUUUCCCUCUGUCUCAUGGAACAACAACCUUGGGUUUCAUCUUCCAAGGUGGGGUCAUUGCAGCUGCAGACACACGUGCCAGUGCUGGGGGACUGGUUGCCUGUCCAGCUGUUAACAAGAUUACUCCUAUUCACUCCCAUUUAGUAGUCACCUCCUCUGGGAGCGGUGCAGACUGCAUGUUGUGGGAACGAAUUCUGGGCAGAGAGAUCAGACUCUACCAACUCCGGCACAGGCGUUGCCUUUCAAUACGUGGCACUGCCAAGCUCCUCUCAUUCAUGCUUCACCCCUUUAAAGGGACUGAUGUGUGUGUGGCUCUUACACUCUGUGGCUGGGAUAAGAGUGGCCCAAAGCUGAUAUAUGUGUGCAGCGAUGGCGCCCGACUCCAGGGGGACAUAUUUUCUGUGGGCUCAGGCUCUCCUUACGCUUAUGGAGUCCUGGAUGGAAGGCUGAGGUGGAACCUGAGCAAAGAAGAGGCCGUCUCCUUGGCAAGAGAAGCAGUGUUCAGAGCCACUCACAGGGACGCCUACUCAGGAAACAACGUGGACCUCUUUCACAUCACAGCCCAGGGAUGGAGCCAAAGAAAGAGAGAGGAGCUGAAAGAGGAAUAUUAUAGAGACAUGGAGAGGAGGGCAAAGACAGUGGAGAAAGGAAAAAGAGAGACUGUACUGGAUGCUUUAGGAUGA